ACAAAGCAUGUUUUCUAAUACCGUACUUUAAAGUUUGUUUUUGACACAAAUUUCUCAAAACAAUUGAACAGUAGACAACAGUGAGGCUGAGAUGUAGAACUGGUCACCACCUAAAAGAUUACCAAUUAAUUAACUUUUAUUGAUCUGACAUUUUUCCCUUUAGCAAGUACCAUAUUCGUCGUUACAACAACAUUAAAAUUUUCACAUACCUUUAUCUGUUUUAUUUAGAAUAUUUGCAGGUUUUAAUUUCUGCCUCACUGGGUUAACUUUUAACAUAUCAUCAUCACAUAUGUUCGCACACUAAUUGUUGUUACCAAAAGACUAAUUAAAUAUAUUAUGGGUCCUAUAUUAUCCGCUUAUAAAAGAAUCUGAAUACUGUAAUAAGUAUGUUAAACUGAGACUUUUUUUAAUUUCAUGUUUUAAGUUAAAGUUUAAAAAAGGUAGACCUUGCUAAUAUGUCAUCCCAGUUUGAUUUUGAAAAUGAAGUGAAUAGUUUGGUAAGAAUGGACAAACCGUUACAAGCAGGUCCCAUUGCAAGGUGGCAAAGAAAAGCAAAUGACUUAUCCGGAUGUGGCAAUCUUAGUUUGCACAAUAAAUCAUUAAAUGUUAGUCAUCACCUCAGUUUAAAUAUCAGUCCUUCGAAGAAUCGUUCAAUGUCACAAAGUGUCAACAAAACACCCGGUUCAACAAGAACACCAACUUCCGGCAAAAACAAAACACCAGGUAAACUGAAACCUUCGAGUAAAAAUUCAAGUUUGAAUCGAACACCUGGUCACGGUGACAGGUUCAUUCCUAACCGACAAGCAACAAACUUUGAGCUUGGACAUUACAGGAUUGUGUCAGAAAAUGGUGACCAAGAGAACUCUGGAUCUCUUGCUCAGGAAGAUUAUAAGAGGAGGAUGAGUGAGAAUCUGCAGCGAGCCAGUGGUAUUGGAGGUGGGGAGAGGAUUCUUGCUUUUAAAGCUCGUCCAGCUGCAGCAGAGGGUUACCAUAAUAAUACUAAGGUAUUGUACAGUUCAUGUAAGAAAUCGAUGGCAGAUCGUAAGAAGACUCGACACAUUCCAACCACUGCAAGUCGAAUACUGGAUGCUCCAGAUCUUGGAAAUGACUUCUAUUUAAAUUUAUUGGAUUGGAGUUCGACCAAUCAGCUUGCAGUCGUCCUUGGACCAUCUGUUUACCUAUGGGAUGCCUCGUGUGGUGACAUCACAAUGCUGAUGACAAUGGAAGGUGAGAACGAAUACGUAUCAUCUGUCAAGUGGAUGCCUGAUGGUGAACACAUAGCAAUCGGGAACAGUGAUGCUGAAGUUCAGUUAUGGGAUGUAGCAGCCAGCAAGCGAAUGAGAAACAUGAAAAGUCACGCUGCAAGAGUUUGUUCGCUUUCAUGGAAUGAAUAUAUUUUAUCAAGUGGUUCAUUAGAUGGUUUUAUUCACCACCAUGAUGUGAGAGUACCUGACCAUCAUGUUGCUACCUUAACCGGGCACUCACAGGAGGUUUGUGGGUUGGAAUGGUCAAAGGACGGACAUCACUUAGCGAGUGGAAGUAAUGAUAAUAUUGUUAAUGUGUAUUCUCACAUGGACACCAAACCUAUGUAUUCGUUCACAGACCAUCAGUCUGCUGUCAAGGCAAUAGCAUGGUGUCCUUGGCAAAGUAAUGUAUUAGCAUCAGGUGGAGGAAGCGCUGAUCGACAUAUUAGAUUCUGGAACACACAUAAUGGGAGUUGUAUCAAGUCAGUGGAUACCAAAUCUCAGGUAUGUGCAUUAAAGUGGUCGACACAUUACAAAGAGAUUGUAUCUUCACAUGGAUAUGUACACAACCAACUAACUAUAUGGUCCUAUCCAUCAAUGCAUUGGGUGCAGGAUCUAAUGGGCCAUACUUCAAGGGUUCUCUACUUAGCAAUGUCACCGGAUGGACAAACCGUUUGUUCGGGGGCUGCCGAUGAAUCUUUGAGGUUAUGGGAUUGUUUUGCUGUCGAUCCAAGCUCAAAAAAGAAAACUAAAACUCCCUCAACAGCUACAUCAAGCAAAAUCAAUACGUUGUUUUCUAUUCGUUGAAAUUUCUUAAUAAUCACAUAUAAUGCAAUUCAGGCGUCCUAUGUUGUGGUACCUAGCGCAAAUUGUGUUAUGAGUAUUCAUUCUAAAUGCUGUCCAUUUUUAGCCCUAAUGUACAAUGGACUUCUUUAUUACAAACGAUAACUGCGUGAAAUACAUUCAUACAUCGUA